GUUGAGGAAUGCUUGUCACCUACUCCUUAUAAGUUCCCACUCCCUCUGUGCCUCUCAAGCUUUGUAGAGAGAGAAACAGAGCAGUUUAGAGAGAGAGACAGACAGAGAGCUCAAAAGCUCUGAUCUAGCUUGCUUCUGUGGUGGGUAAAAUGGAGAGACACAAUUGCAAGCUCUGUUCUAAAAGUUUCACUAAUGGUAGAGCUUUGGGUGGUCACAUGAGGUCUCACUUGGCCACUCUACCUAUUCCUCCCAAGAUUCACCACCAACAACUCGGCGACAAACUCAGUGACCACCACACUGAGUCGGACUCAUCUCUUUCAGAAGAAGAAGAAGAGAGAGAGAGUGAAGAGAAAGCUUUGGCUUAUGGGCUGAGAGAGAACCCAAAAAAGAGUUUCAGGUUGGUAGAUCCUGAGUUUCUGGAUGCUGGGUCGGUUGUUCAGGACAGAGAGAGUGAGACUGAGUCAACAAGGAACACAACUCGGAGACGACUCAAGCGGUCUCGCAAAAUGGGUGGAGCAGAGAAGCCCAAAUUGAGGAAACCCAGCUCAACCGAGUCAAUUGCAGAGAUUGAACCGGCGAGUUCGGUCUCUGAUACAUCCCCUGAAGAAGAUGUUGCUUUGUGUCUGAUGAUGCUGUCAAGAGAUAGUUGGAGUACUUCGGAUGACUCGGACGUCUUGAAACCGAGUCAGACUCGGAGAAAGUACCAAUGCGACGAGUGCAACAGAGUGUUCAGAUCAUUUCAAGCAUUGGGUGGUCACAGAACUAGUCACAAGAAGAUCAAGAACAGCUUUCAAGUCGACCAUGAAGAUAAUAAUAGUACCCACAAUGUGGAUCAAAAAGUUUACAAGUGCCCAUUUUGUGCCAAAGUGUUUGGGUCAGGUCAAGCACUUGGUGGGCACAAGAGAUCACAUUUGUUGAGUUCAUCAUCAUCUACAAUUUCAUUUAAAUUUGGUGGGAAUUUGUUGGAUCUCAACCAACCACCUCCAAUGGAAGAUGAAGAUUAUCGAUCACAUCAAACGUGACAAAAAAAUUGAUAGCUCAUUCACAAAGUUGGAAUUGGGUCAGAUGGGGGUUCUCUUUAUUUAUAGCUAUUGACUUAUUUUCUCCACUCAUGUUUUUUUGGUAGAUCAAUCAAUGUGUUUGCUUUGGCUUUUUGGAAUUUCAUUUAGUUGGUAGUUGUAAUACAUUGCUUUCAAGUUUUCACAUGUUAA